AAAAAAAACAAAAUUACCCACCAUAAAUUGAAACAUACCCUAUAAUUAUUUUCAAAAUCCCAAAAAAAUUACUAAAAUGGAUACUCAAUUUUCAAUCUCACAAGUUCAAAUUUUCAUUUUCUCUAUCCUCCUCUGUUCUUCCUCUGCUUCAACAGACUACACAAAUUUGGUUUACAGAGGAUGUGCAAACCAAAAAUUCCCAGAGCCAUCUGGUUUGUACACCCAAAACCUAAAAUCCCUCUUCAAUUCCCUGAAUACACAAUCUCAGACAACCAAUUUCAGCAAAACAACCGCGGGAGACGGCACCGAAACCGCCAUUUUUGGGCUUUACCAGUGCAGGGGAGACUUAAACUCAGUAGACUGCAACAAUUGCGUAAGCCAGUUUCCAAAAUUUGCAAGGAAAUAUUGCGGUAGUAACUCCAUUGCAGUGAGAAUUCAGCUAGUUGGGUGUUACAUGAGGUAUGAAAUUGUGGGGUAUCAGCAGAUUUCGAGCACUGAAUUGCUGUAUAAGUACUGUAAAAAGGGUGGUGGCGGUGGUGGUGGGGGUGGGUUUGAAGGGAAGAGGGAUAAGGCGUUUGAAGAGGUGGAGAGUGGGGUAGUGAGUGGUGGUGGAUUCUAUGCGGCGAGUUAUGCGGCGGUUUAUGUGGUGGGACAGUGUGAGGGAGAUUUGGUGGGGAGUGAAUGUGGGGAGUGUGUGAAAACAGGGUUGGAGAGAGUGAAAGCUGAGUGUGGGGAUGCUGUUUCUGGGCAAGUCUAUUUAAAUCAGUGUUAUAUUAGCUACACCUACUAUCCUAAUGGGGUCGAUGGGGAGAAAGCUUCUUCACCAGGGACAAGGCACGGCACUGCAAAAACAGUGGCGAUAGUGCUGGGAGGAACUGCAGCAGCAGGUUUUGUGGCUGUUAUACUGCUAUUUACCAAAUCAGUGUUCAAGAAAAAAUCUUCAAAAUUUCAUCAUUAUGAAGGAUAACCGUAUUAAGAGUAUAAAACUAUUAAAAUAACUACCAUUUAGUAGUUAUUCACGCUGUUUAAUUUAUGAUGUAUAUAGACAACUAGCUUCUACUAGUUUAGAUUAUCAUAGUUCAGUUCUGCAAAUUCAAUAGAUUAGAUGAUGAAAGAUAUAAACUUUUUGGGAAAAUUAUCCCUAAGAUUAAUGUACUUAUGUCAUUUUCUAAUGUGAUCAACUAAUCCCUUCAAA